AUGGCCUCUCCUCUUCACAUGGCUGAGUGCAAGCAAGGCUCUGUGGCUGGGCUGUGUGGCUGGGUGGCUGGAAUGGGCUGGGUGGCUGGACUGGGCUGGACACAGUUUCACCUGGCCUGCCUCCCCCAGCCUCCCCUGCCGCUCUCACCCAUACCCCAGCCUCUGUCACCCAUACCCCAGCCUCUGUCACCCAUACCCCAGCCUCUGUCACCCAUACCCCAGCCUCUGUCACCCAUACCCCAGCCUCUGUCACCCAUACCCCAGCCUCUGUCACCCAUACCCCAGCCUCUGUCACCCAUACCCCAGCCUCUGUCACCCAUACCCCAGCCUCUGUCACCCAUACCCCAGCCUCUGUCACCCAUACCCCAGCCUCUGUCACCCAUACCCCAGCCUCUGUCACCCAUACCCCAGCCUCUGUCACCCAUACCCCAGCCUCUGUCACCCAUACCCCAGCCUCUGUCACCCAUAACCCCAGCCUCUGUCACCCAUACCCCAGCCUCUGUCACCCAUAACCCCAGCCUCUGUCACCCAUACCCCAGCCUCUGUCACCCAUACCCCAGCCUCUGUCACCCAUACCCCAGCCUCAGUCACCCAUACCCCAGCCUCUGUCACCCAUACCCCAGCCUCUGUCACCCAUACCCCAGCCUCUGUCACCCAUAA